AUGGAAAUACCCGACUUAGACCCCGCCGUCCAUCUGCACGUCAUAAAGGCAGGACUCCGACCCGGAAAAUUCAGGGAAACAAUUGCAGUAACAAAGCCAAAGACAUUGGAAGAGUUCCGAGAAAGGGCGGCAGGGCAGAUGGAGAUCGAAGAGCUCCGCGAAACCGAAAAGACAGAAAAGAGACAACAUAAAAGAGAGGAUGAAAAAUCCACAAGGUCGGCAAACAUCAAGGACCUCAAGAGACCCUUCAAGCUAACCCCAAAAUUUGACAAUUACACCAGGUUCAACACAAUAAGGGAAAGGAUAAUCAAAGAAAUACUCAACGCCAAAAUCAUAAAACCACCAACAAGGGCCGGGAGCUAUCAAGACCAGAGAUUCGUCGACAAAAGCAAGCACUGUGCUUUCCACCAAAAGUACGGCCACACAACCGGCGAAUGUAUAAUAGCCAAGGACCUAUUAGAAAGAUUGGCCCGGCAGGGCCUCCUAGAUAAAUACAUCGAGGGAAGGAAGCAUAAAGAGAACGAUAGAGAGGAACGCCAACAGACCUCAGGAGCAAAAGAAACCAACAAAUGGCCAAACAGCACACCACCUAAAGGGAUCAUAAACACCAUAUCAGGAGGAUUCGCCGGAGGAGGAGAAACAACUUCGGCGAGAAAACGUAACUAUCGCACGAUGCUUGCAAUAGAAGGGACAACACCACAUAACAACAAGGACAUAUCAAACCUAGAAAUCGUUUUCAACCAGAGGGACAUAUGCUCGGCCGCACCACACUCAGACGACCCAGUGGUAAUUUCUAUCCAAACAGGCGAGUUACUGGUAAGAAAAGUCCUCUUGGACCCAGGUAGUAGUGCCGAUGUUCUGUUUUACACUACUUUUCUAAAAAUGCAAAUAUCUGAAAAACUUAUACAACCUUCAUUCGGAGAAUUAGUCGGAUUCUCCGGAGAAAGAGUACCGAUUAAGGGCUACAUAUGGUUGAAGACAAUGAUGGGAAACCACCCAUUGUCACGAACCAUCGACAUACAAUACCUUAUAGUUGACUGCCCUAGUCCUUAUAACAUUAUUCUCGGAAGACCUGCUCUGAACAUGUUCAGGGCAGUAGUUUCAACCUUUCAUCUAUGUGUAAAAUUUCAGGCACAGGACGGAAAAAUAGCGACACUUCACUCAGACCGACAACAAGCUCGGCAAUGUUACAACGCAAGCCUGAAAAGGUCGGCUCCAAGACUAGAGUUCCAGCAAGAAGUCAAAGCAAUCCAUAACGCAACAGAGGUACUGUCCUUGGCAGAGCUUGAUCCGCACGAGGACACCCAAGAGAGGCCUCAACCAGCAGACGAGCUCCAGAAAAUCCCACUGACAGAGAAACCAGAACGGUUCACAUACGUCGGCCAGGCACUACAGGGAAAGGAAAGAUCAGAACUGGUGAAAGUGUUGCAAGACAACGCCGACCUAUUUGCAUGGACCCCGGCAAAUAUACCAGGAAUAGAUCCGAGCAUUAUCUGCCAUAAACUCGCCACGAACAAGGCAAGCCGACCUAUAGCUCAGAAAAAGAGGAAUCUCAGAGCAGACAAAUCAAAGGCCGCACUGGAAGAAACCGAAAAGCUACUUAAAGCCAACUUCAUCAAAGAAAUCAGAUUCACUACAUGGCUCUCGAACGUAGUAAUGGUAAGAAAAAAUUCAGGUAAAUGGCGCAUGUGCGUCGACUUCACAGAUUUAAAUAAAGCAUGCCCCAAGGAUGCUUAUCCUCUACCAUGCAUCGAUAAACUUGUAGACAGUGCCUCAGGUUACAAAAGCUUGAGCUUCAUGGAUGCAUACUCUGGUUACAACCAGAUACUCAUGCACCCAGAAGACCAAAGCAAAACCGCGUUUAUAACCGAGCAUGGAAAUUUUUGUUAUAGAGUAAUGCCAUUUGGACUAAAGAAUGCAGGUGCAACAUACCAGCGACUGAUGGACAAGGUGUUCCAUCAUCAGAUAGGUCGGAACAUGGAGAUCUAUAUGGAUGAUAUUGUCGCCAAGACCACCCAUGGGAAGUCACACUGCGAUGAUCUUAAAGAAGUAUUUGAACAAGUCCGAACAUACAGAAUGAGGCUCAACCCAAAAAAAUGUGCUUUUGGAGUACGAGGGGGAAAAUUCCUCGGAUUCAUGCUAACAUCACGAGGUAUAGAGGCGAACCCAGAAAAAUGUAAGGCAAUACUCAGCAUGGCAAGCCCCAAAACAGUCAAAGAAGUACAACAGCUAGCAGGGAGAAUAGCAGCAUUAUCCCGGUUCCUACCAUCAGUAUCGAGCCGAUCAUAUCAUUUCUUCCAAACAAUAACAAAGAACAAAAAGUUUCUAUGGACAGAAGAAUGUGAAAAAGCUUUCGCUGAACUCAAAGUCGUCUUAUCAUCACCUCCAGUACUACAAAGACCUGAAAUUGGCAAGCCCUUAUACUUAUACCUAUCCGCUUCCGAGCAUUCUAUAAGCUCGGCCUUAAUGAUCGAGUCAGGGAAAGCACAACAACCAGUAUACUUCGUCAGCAGAGUCAUGCAGCCAACAGAACAAAGGUACCCAAGAAUUGAACGGCUAGCUUUAGCGCUUGUAACAACGGCGAGGAGACUUAGACAUUACUUUCAAAGCCACACGAUAAUAGUACGAACAAACCAACCAUUACGACAAAUACUAACAAAACCGGAAUUAGCUGGACGACUGACCAAAUGGUCCAUAGAGCUCUCAGAAUUCGAUAUCCAGUUUCAACCAAGGUCGGCACUAAAGGCACAAAUCCUAGCCGACUUCAUAUCAGAAUUAACCUCGGCCGAACACAACAAGCACUGGGAGCUACAUGUAGACGGGGCAUCCAGCCGAGAAGGAAGCGGAGCCGGAGUGAUUCUGAAAGAAGGAGAAAACGUAGUGGCCGAACAGUCGCUACAAUUCCACUUCUCAGCAAGCAAUAACCAGGCCGAAUAUGAAGCCCUCAUAGCCGGACUCAAGCUCGCCCUCAACCUCCAGAUACAAAGUCUGACAGCACACUGUGAUUCCCUCUUGGUAGUCCAACAAAUCCGAGGAGAAUACCAGGUAAAAGAUCCCUUGCUAGAGCGUUACUGGCUGAUAGCAAAGGAUCUUAUUUCGAAAUUCAGUUCAUUCACCAUUCUACAUGUACAUAGAGAAAAGAACACUAGAGCCGACGUAUUAUCUAAACUUGCAUCCACUAGGGUAGACACACAAGCAUCAGCACUAACACAACUGACACUCAAAAAACCCAGCAUUGAAUUUAUAUCUAUAACAAACAUUAACCAUCUCCAUGACUGGAGAACGCCCUUUCUUGAGUACAUCAAUACAGGUACCGUGCCUAAAAAUGAGCUUAAUCCACAACACUUCAGACGAAGGGCAAGCCUAUAUACAAGCGUAGCAGGAGAACUGUAUAAGCGGGGCAUCUCACAACCGUUACUGAAAUGCCUGAACAACGAGGAGGCAAGAGAAGUAAUGAACGAAGUACAUGAAGGCGUAUGCGGAAACCACAUCGGAGGGAGAGCCCUAGCCGCAAAAAUCGUCCAAACAAGAUAUUUUUGGCCGACCAUGAAAAGAGAUUGCAUAGCAAAGGUCAAGAAAUGCGACAAAUGCCAAAAGCAUGAGGCCAUUUCUACGAAGCCAGCCGAGCUAUUGCACAGUAUGGAGGUAAGCUGGCCUUUUCAGAGAUGGGGACUCGAUAUCCUCGGCCCAUUUCCAGUAGCACCAGGUCAGGUAAAAUUUCUUUUAGUAUCAAUUGACUACUUCUCAAAAUGGAUAGAAGCGCAACCCUUAGCAAAGAUAACAGCCGAAAAGCACUAUUUUAGCUCGGUCGAACACCCACAAACCAAUGGGCGAGCCGAAGCUGCUAACCGAGUUAUAUUGCAGGCAAUAAAGAGAAAACUUGACAAUGCGAAGGGUGAAUGGGCCGAGCUAAUCCCAGAAAUACUAUGGAGCUACAACACUACAAUACAAACAACCACUGGUGAAACACCUUUCAGGUUGGUAUACGGGGCAGAGGCACUGAUCCCAGUAGAAGUCGGAACACCCACGGUUAGGACCGAGCUAUACGACGAACAAAACAACACUCUCGUAAGAGGGGCCGAGCUUGACCUCAUCGAAGAAGAUAGGGAUAUCGCAGCAAUCAAACAAAGAGCCAUGAAACAAUUGGCUGCAAGAAGACACAAUAGCAAAGUCGUCCCGAGGACUUUCUCAGAAGACGAUCUUGUCCUCAGACGAACUGAAGACGCAAGAUGA